AUAAUAAUAUUCUUUGAAGCUUUUAACAUUGUUGCGAAGACUCAGACUCUCAGGCGCAGACUCGGAGAUGGCAGUCCACUACUGGACAGCCCUGUUUCUAUUGUUGUCAUGCCUUUUCAGUAUUUCAAAUGCUAGUGCUGGCGAUGCCGAUCCAGAUUACAGGACAUGUGUUUCAGAAUGUGAGAUAAGCGGUUGUGUUGGACAACUUUGCUUUCCUCAGUGCAAUUCUUCAUCGGAUGGUGGUCCAUGGUACAUACAAGAACCUCUGUAUUUACAAUGGAAAAAAUGGGGUUGUCAAGGUGAUUGCCGUUAUCAGUGUAUGGUUAAUAGAGAGAGAGAACGGGAAACUCUCGGUCAAGCCCCGGUCAAGUACCAUGGUAAAUGGCCCUUCAAGCGUGUACUUGGGAUUCAGGAGCCUGCUUCUGUUGCGUUCUCUGUGCUCAACCUAGCUAUGCAUUUCCAUGGUUGGCUUUCCUUUUUCAUCACGCUCUACUAUAAAUUGCCUCUGAAACAAGAUAAGACAGCGUACUAUGAAUACGUCGGUUUGUGGCAUAUUUACGGUCUUCUGUCCAUGAACUCUUGGUUCUGGAGUGCUGUUUUCCACAGCCGGGAUGUUGACCUCACAGAGAGGUUGGACUACUCAUCCGCAGUAGCCAUUCUCGGAUUCUCACUCAUCUUAGCCAUUUUACGAACCUUUGAUAUUCGGGUCGAGGCUACAAGGGUUAUGGUAUCCGCUCCAAUACUAGCUUUUGUAACCACCCACAUACUCUACAUAAACUUCUACAAACUCGACUAUGGUUGGAACAUGAUUGUGUGUGUGGCAAUGGGAGUUACUCAGCUUUUUCUAUGGGCAAGAUGGGCUGCUGUCUCGAGCCAUCCUUCUAACUGGAAACUUUGGGUGGUUGUGAUAGCUGGAGGAUUAGCCAUGCUUCUAGAGAUAUAUGAUUUUCCUCCAUAUGAAGGCUACUUCGAUGCUCACUCGAUCUGGCACGCUGCCACAAUCCCCUUGACCAUUCUCUGGUGGAGCUUCAUUAGAGACGAUGCUGAGUUCAGAACUUCCAGCCUCCUCAAGAAAACUAAGACGAAGGCAAAGUGAGUUCUUUGCUAAAUUUCAGAAGGAUUUUUAUUCGACCGUACAAAUUUGCAAGCACAGGAGAAAAACGAAAGGUGGAAAUGGAUUUAAGCAUCACGAAGAAGGAAGAGUCUUUUGUUUAAAGCUAGCUGGUUUGGAUUCACAGGUUUCUUCAGUUUUGGUUUUUUGUUUUUUAAUUGUUUAAGCAUUAACUGUGGAAUUUGCUUUGAGCCCUUUAAGAAAAUUUUCUUGGCCUU